UGAAUUUCGACGAGGGAGGCCGAUUCUCGAAUGUCCCUUUUAACAGAGGCUUUUGUUGAUUCUCCAUCACUAGCCCAAUUCCUAGCCAGUUUCUACCAAUUCUUAUAACUUACCUCUCCCUGUGCGCCAGUAUGGACAACCACCUGACCUGAACCGCGAAAGAGAAACCGUUAACAUUAUUGGCACCCACAAAGCUCAACCGUCUCCUUUCACUUCCUUCCUUCCUUCUUCUUCUCUCGAUCUCUCUCCCCUCGCCGGCGGUUCUCGCCGCCAUCUUCUUGGCCGACUCUCUCUCUCUCUCUCUCUCUCUCUCUCUCUCUCUCUAUCCCCCGCACCCCCACAACCGCACUGAACCAUUACAAGAUCCAGUAAAAGAGAAGCUCCUGAAGAACCCACAAGAUUCCAGAGAGAGAGAGAGAGAGAGAGAGAGAUGGAGAGGGGUCGAAUUGGCGAGAGCGCGGUUCUUGAACUCCACCUGAUCUCGGCCCAGAACGUGAAGCCCCCUCCGGCCAACAUGCGCCGCACCGAGACCUACUCCCUCGCCUGGGUCGACCCCGCCACCAAGCUCCGCACCCGCCUCGACCGGGUCGGCUCCGACAACCCCACCUGGAACGACAAGUUCUUCUUCCGGGUCGCCCCGGGCUUCCUCUCCAGCGACACCUCCGCCGUCACCGUCGAGAUCUACGCCGUCGGCUACAUCCGCGACUACCUCGUCGGCUCCGUCCGGCUGCUCCUCAGCACCGUCCUCUCUUGGCCCGACUUCGUGGCCAACAGCAGGCUCCCCUAUUUCACCGCCGUCGGCAUUCGCCGCCCUUCCGGCAUGAUCCAUGGGGUGCUCAAUAUCGGGAUAAUGCUGACCAACGGCUCCGACUUCACGGCCCUGAAAGGAGCGUCCGCGAUCGGCUACCGCGAUCUGAUGGGGCAGUCGGCCGGGGAACCGCAGAGACGAGGCGACCGCCGGAGUGAGAAGAAGAAGAAGAAGAGGUUGAGCGCGGCGGAGGAGGAGGACCGUCGGGAGGCCUCGGGCGGCGAGCCCUGCGAGAAGUGGUGGCACGACUCGGCGGGGGACGUCUCGGACGGCGGCGACUCGACGACGUCGUCCUCGUCGACGGCGUCGACGGUGCUCAAGGAGUGGAACGCGAUGAGGGAACUGGCGGGGAAGGGCCUGAGGCGUUACUCCUGCGGCGGGGGGUUCUUGUGCGGGCUCCCGCUUCAGAGAUAGCUGAGGACGACGCCGCCGAUGCCGUCCAUUCUGUUGACCGGAUUGGUCAAAGCGAGGACCGCGCUAUGACGAUGCGUUGACUUCCUGGUCAAAUGGGUUUUACUGUCAGCAGCUGCGCAGGCCUCUGCAUUUGGAGAAGCGGUGAAAAGUUUUCUUUUACUUUUUGAAUCUGCGUAUGAAUGAGUGGUGGGUGCAAGGUGUAAACUUGUAAAGAGCUUUGAGCACCCUUUUUUACCAUAUGUAACUAUUAGAAUUUUACCCUAUUCAUCAGUUGAUCAGUUUGGUUAGUUUGUCUUUCUGUCUUUGACAAUUUGCAGGCUCCUUCUUCUAAUGUCACCAUUUGUAUUUGUAGCCGGAAUCAUGUUCAACAUUCAUACA